UCUCGUCAUGCGAUAAGAGUGUYCCACUUGGUAUGGAAAGCAAAGCYAUUCCUGAUAGUAAGAUCACUGCCUCGUCAGCAUGGCCGGGAUAUGAAGCAAGAUAUGCAAGGUUGAACAUUGCRGGUGGCUGGGGUCCAAAGMAAGASAGCGAYRRMGAAUGGCUCCAAGUUGACCUCAGUAAUGCGCACUUGGUAACAGGCAUAGCAACACAAGGAUCAGGWAAMUCAAMCCAAUGGAUGACAAGUUAUACUAUUCAAUACAGCGUGGAUGGUAGCAGUUUUACCGAUUAUCAGUCAGGCAAAGUCAUGACGGGAAACAACGAUAGWAAUACUGUGGUAAAGCAUGAUUUCAAGACCCCCCUUGUUGCCCGGUAUAUUCGAGUCAAUCCUAAAGGUUGGUACAGUUGGGCGGUCGCCCGAUUGGAGCUUUACGGAUGCAAAAAAGCGUGACGUGCAACAUGGAAAAUCGCACUAUGGCAGGCAAUAACAGAGUAAAUAGAUUAAUGCCAUUGUAACGCAUCAUAAAACUAAAUAUCCUGGUUACUACACUGAAUAAAAUGGGACUAGUAUAACAAAAUUGUGUUGGGUAAAUCCAU